AUGAGCCCACCUAGCCUAUCAGCGGCGGGCGACCUCGACGUCCACGGUGACAUGGCAUCAACGCCUCCACCACCGUCAUCAAUGUCGUACCAUACCAACGACAUCGCCUCCACUACCUACGUCACGCUCACUAAAGAGCAAUUCGACGAGCUGAUCAGGAACCAGCGCCCCGCACGGGACGACGACGCAUUCUCCAUGCGUCAGCGCCUACCCCCAGCCAACCCUCCGGUCUUCCCCGACGACUCGAAACUUACGGAGGACAAUUACGUUGACUGGGUCCCCACGAUGCCACCAUGCCCGCCCUCUUGGGCUGGAUUCAACGCUCGGACGAAUCGAGCGACGGUCCCCGAUGCAAAGGCGGUCGUACCGACCAAACGCUCUGCACCAGGCAAGAAGGGAAAAUGGGAUCGUUCUGGUCCUGCCCCGAGCAACUGCCCAGCUUGUGGUCAAGGCAAACACUGGCUCAACAAGUGUCCGGAAUCGUGCAAGCGAGCCAAGUACCUCGAGCUCAAGAACGCCAUGAAGGAACUCCAAGGCUCAUCAUCGCCUGCGUCCACGUUCGUGGCCACCGAGGCAGCAUCCAAGGAUCAACACCUGUCCGUCGUUUCUUCUGCUACGUUUGUCAACAUUGGGCCACCGGCGGAAAUCCUUCUGCUAGACUCGGCGUCGGCGUGCCACGUCGUCAACGAUGCGUCCUUCUUUGACGGCCCCCUUUCACCUACCCCGCAAGUCCUGCAAGGUCUAGGGGGAACGGUGAAGGCCUCGGGAAUCGGCUCGGUCAAGCUCGUCUCCGAUAAUGGUACCAGGUUCACCCUCAACGACGUGAUCUACGCCCCCGAGAGCCCUGCCAACCUCAUCUCAGUCCGGGCCUUCGACCGCAAAGGUGUUCGCAUCACCUUCGAACACGGACAAGUCGAGCUCCGCACGCCGCAAGGGUGCAUCGCCACAGCAUCAGCCAUCGCGUCCUGCGUUUACAAACUCAACGCUUCGGUCCAAGCUGCCAGCAAAGAUGCGCGACACACGCUCGUUGCCACCAAGUCCAAUAGGCUACCUUUACUUACCCUUCACCGGCGCUACGGCCACACCUCUGUCCAGACACUUAAAAAACUGGCGGCCUCUGGCCAGGUGGAGGGUUUAGAUUGGCCCUAUAGUGACUUUGAGUGUGAUGGCUUCACCUGCAACGCGUGCCUUGCCUCCAAAGCGCAUCGUUUGCCUUUCCCCUCUUCGUCGUCGCAUGCCGCGGAACCACUCGCAUUGGUGCACUCGGACGUCUUAUCUUUCCCCGAGGAAUCCUUAGGCCAUAAGCGAUACCUCGUCACGUUCAUCGACGACUUCUCGAGGAAGACUUGGGUUUACCCCAUUGGGCACAAGAGUGAGGUCCUUCAGACAUUCAAGGAUUGGCUUCUGGAGAUCGAAAACACCACGGGUCGCAGGGUCAAAACACUUCGCUCGGACAACGGGGGCAAGUAUGUCUCUACCGCUUUCAACGGCUAUUGCGUGGCCCGCGGAAUUCAUCGCGAAUUGACCAUACCGUACACCCGAGCAAAACGGUCGGGCUGAGCGAGCCGACCGGUCGAUCAUCGAGGGCACCCUGGCUCUACUGUCUCACUCGGGACUCCCACGAUCGUGCUGGGACGAGGCUGCCAUGUGUUACAUUCACGCCAAGAACCUCUCGCCUCACGCGGCCCCUUGGUGGAGCCAUCCCAAACAGUCGUUGGUCGGGCCACACACCAAGCGUAGGGGGUCUUCGGGCAUUCGGUUGUCGCGCUUGGACCACCGUGCCGGCUCACCGAUGGGAUAAGCUUGACCCAAAAGGGAUUCCUCUGGUCUUCGUCGGGUACGAUCGACAUGCGAAAGCCUACCGUCUUCUCGAUCCUUCCUCCAUGCGUGUAAGUCUGGGCCGCAAUGUGACGUUCGUAGAAACCGAGUUCCCCUUCGCUAGAGCGCCCACCCGAGUGAUGCAGCCGUCCAUCCCGGGUUACACCCCCCAGCCCCCACCCGUCGAGCCUCCCCCACGGCCACCGGCCCCUACACCUGUCGAGGCACCCGCGUCGCCCGCAUCGACCAGCUCGGCCGACAACGACAACACCUCAUCGACCACGAGCGCAACGACGGCGUCAGCCGUGAACCUGCCGCAACCACCUCCGGAUCCAGCUCCACUCACCAAAGUCAAGCCGAGUUGGGAGUACGGCGACGUCGCCAAGGUUGGUCCCGAUCCAGGGAAGUACGGUGAAGUCGACGCUCGAAACAUCAUUGAUGGCCCCCGGACUCGCCGCCAACCCGUUCCCACCAUGAUCACGCGGGAACAGCCAGUCGACGGCACCGACGGACCCACCACCUCUUUCAAGAGCCUGCUCCUUGCCUUCGCAUCCACCAAGGCCGGCUUCGUAGAUCAUGACUUGUCGGUUGUUCGCGAUCCGGCAAAUUGGGGCGACGUCAUCCGAUCGGGACAAGAGGACAUUUGGGGCGCUCCAGCACAGGAUGAAUUCGAUUCGCUUCUGAACGAUUACGAGGUCUUUCAAAUCGUCGAAUCCUGUGAGCUCCCAGCGGGUGAGAUCCUCCUGCGGUCGGGCUGGGUGUUCCGGACUAAACGCAACCAGCAUGGCGACAUCACCGAUCACAAGGCCCGACUUGUUGCUCACGGAUGUGCCCAACACCCUGGCCUUGACUUCGAGAAGACCUACACCCCUGUCGUCAAAUUCAUGUCCAUUCGAGCCCUCAUCGCACUCGCCGCGGCCAACGGCUAUCACGUCCAUCAGGCCGACGUCAACAAGGCGUAUUUACACGGCAAACUUGACAAGCCUCUCUACAUGCGCGUCCCUCAGGGCAUAUCGUCAAAUAUGUGAGUUGUGCGGAACCUGCCAGUCUUGUACAGAGUGUGCACUUGCUCGGGCACUCACUCGUCACUCUUGUUCAGAUUCGUGAGCGCACGGCUUUCUUAAGGGUCACAUCGGGCGACUGGCUCUAUGAAGAACUUGUUAUUGAUGUGUUGGCCAAUGUCCGACCCGCGUAUAGACUGCAGUACGACCGUGAGGCCUGUCAAUUGGCGGGAAUCAUGGGAUGGCUUUCCAGGGUGGACAUCACAAGAUUGCGCAACGAGCUAG